GUCAAAAUGUGAAUACUUUUAUAAACUGGUGUCAUUUCUUUAAAAAUCAAUGGAUAAAAAACCAUCUUUCAUAAGCACUGAAAAACAAAAAUAACUUCGAUAAACUUGAAUUCGUGGUAUUUAUCAUAUAGAAAUUGGGUUUCCAGUUGAUAUUGUACACAUUUGUGUUAAGUGGCAUAGUAAACAAAUCCUAUCAAUAAAAGCCAUAUCCUCUGUGAUAUGGAUAUUUUCUUAUCAUCACUCAAAUAAAGCGUUUUAUGAACAUCUGACAACUGAUAUAACUAACUGUCUUGGUUAAGUACCUACCUUAUUUACAGUUUGUAUAUUUAAGUCCUUUCAUUGCAUUGUAAGGUUGAAUAUGUAAAUCCUUUUUAAAUGUUUAGUUUGACGUCAUUUAAAUGAUUGAAUCCACGAGCGCAUGUUUCUAUUGCACUUUGAUAAGCCAGGAGCAAUCUAGAGAAGGUUUAAUUUGUUUGCGUCUCGGAUGUGUCGGAACACAUCCGAUGGAAAAAGAAAUGUCUGCUAAAUUCUUAAAUGCAUUAAAAAAUGAAAUUAGUGAAUUGGAUAUGAUUGGCAAAUUGUUAACUCUUGAAAAAGAACUCGAAAGUGUUUAUGAUUUCGAUGAUGAAAAUGAUAUGUCGGGAGAAAGAGUACCGUGUAUAAAUUUGGGUAAUGAUGGAUGUCUAAACGGGUACAUCGUUGGAUCAGGUGGAAAUAAAGGAUUUCUAUUAGGUGGUGCUAGUCCAGGAAAAUGAUUUUCAUCAGUGUUAAUUUUUUUUUUCAAAUGCCUACCUAAAUAAAAGCAUGUAACUACUUCAAGUGGAUAAACAAAAUUAUUUUCUAUUUGAAUA